AUGGCGCAAGCUGUCGGGGCACGGUGCCCCCCCCCAACUCCGCUGCACCGACCCCCUCCCAGCACUAGACCCCCCCUCACGGCACGAACCUCCCCAUUGCUGGCCCGGGACCCCUCCCCACGGCACGGACCUCCCCCCCGCGCACCUCCCGGCCCUGCCCACGGCGCGGACGCCCCCCCCGGCCCCGAGGCGGAGCCGCCCCCGGCCCCGCGCAGCGCGGGGCGCUUGAAGCGGCCGCUCCGGCCCCGGCGCCGCCGGUUCGCCUCUCGGCUCCCGCACUUCCGCCCCCCUGCCAUGGCCUGCCGCCUCCAGAAGCUGUUCGGGGCCGACGGGGACUUGGCCGACGAGCACUCUGGGAAGCUGCUGGAUGAGAUCCUUGUUUCUGCUCCUCAGACUCCAGCUCAUGGGGCCCUGGCAAAGCCACGGGCAGAGGUACUGCCCAGCUCCUCGCCGCCCACAGAAGAUUUUGGGAAGGGCCCCUGGCUUGCCAUGAAGGCAGAGCUGAAGCUGGACGAGAGGGAUCCCAGCUGCUUCCUCAGGACCUACAGUGUGGUCAUGGUGCUGCGGAAGGCAGCCUUGAAGCAGCUCCCAAAGAACAAGGUGCCCAGCAUGGCAGUGAUGAUCAAGACCUUGACCAGGACCAACGUUGAUGCUGGUGCUGUGUUCAGGGACCCGACUGGAGAGAUGCAGGGCACAGUGCAUCGCCUGCUGCUGGAGGAGCGACAGGGAGAGCUCCGGCCUGGCUCCGUGCUGCUGCUGAGGCAGGUGGGUGUCUUCUCCCCGUCCCACCGCAACCACUACCUCAACGUCACCCCCAACAACCUGCUCAAGAUCUACCCACCAGAGCCUGAGGGCAGCUUCUUGCAGCAGGAGGUCCAUGCCCAGGCUGGGCUGCUCCCAGACCAUCCCACGCAGCCCCCACAGGGUGUCCCUGCUGCUGGAGACUGGGGACAAAUGAGGGCAGGUGCCUGUGGCACAGAGCAGGCUUCUGGGGGCUUGUCCCUGCACUCUCAGAGCCCCAGGCCUGGGCAAGAAGAGCUGGUGAGAGCUGAUGGCUGUGACAUGGAUGACCUGGACGGGCUCCUGGGUGAGCUGCCAGAGGACUUCUUCUCCGCUCCAGCCCAGGCUGACUGCUGCUGACCUUGGGGGGCUGUGGUGGCACCAAGGAAAGGGUGACUGCUGGCAGGGCCUGGGCUGCACUGUGGCAUAUCAGGGAGGCUGAGCACAGUGCCCCUCCUGCUCCUCUCUCUGUCCUCUGCUGUGCUUGUGCUGGGGCCAUGGCCUCAGUGUCUUCACCCUCCUGGGGCAGGCUGGCUCCUCUUGGCUCCCAAACCUGCAUUAAAGGGCUGUUCUGUUCCUGC